AUGUGUCCAGGUUUGCAACCGCCGCCAGGACCUGAGAACGAGCAGGGCUACACGGCCUGUGAUGUGUGCGCUCAUGUCAGCCGGUGUCUUCGUUCCUGGAUCAGCGUGUCAAGGCGGGUGUGCACAUCCGCUUACUGUCAGCCGAAGUUUGCUUCCGAGGUGUACUCGGUGGUUUCGCCGUGUCCACAGCGGCGCAUGUUUACCCUCCGAGAAAACUCUAGGCGCUGCACGUGUCCACAAAACAACGACAAUGCCAAUCUGCUUGGGGCGUUUGGGACGAACACGAUUGGUGGUUCCGAUAUUUGCCAGUCGAACCAGUCCCAGCCGCGUGGCGAACAUCAGCGCCCCAUUGUUCAUCCCAUCGAACCAUCGAUGAGCCACAACCAGAAGCCAGUGAGCGGGACAGCAUACGCAACACCGCCUUAUCUUUACCACACCAGCUAA